AUGAAAAGAGCAUCAUAAAUCCAAAUAUAAAAGGAAGCCAUUGUUUUUUCCUCUGAUGAUUCAAUGAACAGUGACAAUUCAUUCAAUUCCAGCAUCGAAGAGGAAGAAGCAGAGGCAGACACAAAUACUAUUUUCCAUCUUAAAGAACAAAUGGCACAAUUUUUCACCGAAAACCCAGGAUUACAAGAAGCCAUCAAAUUCGAAUAGGAAGAAAAAGAAGAAAAUACUGAAAAGACUGAAUAAAACAAACAUAAGCAAACUUUAAUUUCUAAAUCAGAGUAACAACAAUUUGUACAUGGUUGGAAAUUGCUAGGCAAAGAUGUUAUAAGAAAUAGUUAAGGGGGUCAAACUCUGCCUACAUUGGAAACCAUUAAUCAUAGGCUUAACAUCUUCAAAUAAAAGGUUGACAAGGUAGAUUAUUUGGAAAUUUUGUAAAGAGAAACUUAAUAGCAAUAAUAGAAAUAAGAAGAACAAGUUUAAGUUAAAUAGGACACUAAAUAACCACCAAGAUCACAAUCAGAGAACCCAAAUAGAAAUGAGAAUGAGGAGUAGAAAUUAGAAGAAGAAUAAGAUAUAACUUAUUUCAGUUUUAAGAAAAAAAUGCAAUUGGCUUUACACAAAAGGCAACAACUCUAAAGAGAGGAAGAAGAAAGGAAAUUGAAAUAAUAAAAAGAGAAAUAAAAGAAGGUAAAUGAAGCCGAUUAACUUGCAAAUGAUACUCCCAACCAACAGACAUAGAACACUCUAGUCGGAUCUAAAAUGGAAUUUUAAACUCAUGUGGGUUAAAUGCUUUAUCAGACAUAUCUCUAAACUGGAGGAGACAAGGAAAGCUUUAAGAAGAUGGCAGCUAUUUUCCUCAAAAAUUAUCAUAAGAAAUAAAAAGAAAACUUAGACAAAUUAAAAGUAUUCCCCCCUGCAAUUCCAAAAUUUACUUCAGAUGAUUGCAAACAUCUGAAUUUAUUAUUACCAGACUUUUCUACUUAAUUAUAUGCUCCAAAUAAAUAAAAUUUAUUUUAAGGAGUUGAGAAUUAUAAAUUCCCAGCCAAUAGUCCUGAAUAAGAGUUCAUAAAUUUGGUGGAUUAAAUUAUGUCAGGGAAAGUAAUGUAGUUUUGGAAAGAGAUGCAUUAACAAUGA